GCAUAUCAAUAUAACCUCUCUUCCCUCGCGUAUCCAACUUGGAGCAACAGACGGUUAGUUAGAUUGAUAACUCGAUCAACUCAACUCAGUUCCUCCCAACCUCAACUCAGUUGGCUGCCUAUGGCUUCUCUCCACUCCAUUUCUCCCCAUAGUCUCCUUCCUCUUUCCAAAUCCAAAAAACCCACCUCGAAAAUCCUUCCUAACUCUCAUUUUCUCGGGUCAAAAUUUCAUCAGAGCCCAAUUUUCUCUAGAAGCAGAACCAAAACUGGAAGCUGGCUCUUGAACUCCGUUGUUCAAGAAGAGCUUGAUGUUAUCCCGGUACAGAGUGGAGACAGCACGGACCAGCAAGAAGGGAUGGUGGUGAGUCAGAUGGAGAGCGAAGGGACCGAUUUGGCUACUCAAGUGAGCGGCUUUGGAUCGAAUGAGGGGCAAUUUUCUUUUGAAGGAUUCUCUUCUGCUUCUAGUUCUGUUAUUGGAGAUGAUGGUGGAAGUCAGAGCGAAUUGGAAGUGGAUAGGUUAAUCGACAGGACUAUAAACGCAAUGAUUGUUCUUGCAGCGGGUUCUUAUGCCAUAACCAAGUUGCUUACAAUUGAUCAAGAUUACUGGCAUGGUUGGACCCUUUUUGAGAUACUGAGAUAUGCCCCUCAACACAAUUGGACUGCUUAUGAGGAGGCUUUGAAGACAAAUCCGGUCUUAGCAAAAAUGAUGAUCAGUGGAGUAGUCUAUUCUAUAGGGGACUGGAUUGCACAGUGUUUUGAAGGUAAACCACUAUUUGAGUUUGAUCGAGCACGAAUGUUUAGAUCAGGCCUUGUUGGCUUUACGUUACAUGGCUCCCUUUCACAUUACUAUUACCAGUUUUGUGAGGAGCUUUUUCCAUUUCAAGACUGGUGGGUGGUUCCUGCCAAAGUGGCCUUUGACCAAACUGCAUGGGCAGCAGUUUGGAACAGCAUUUAUUUUACAGUUCUGGGAUUUCUCCGUCUGGAAUCCCCAGCCAACAUUUUCAGUGAAUUAAAGGCUACAUUCUGGCCGAUGCUAACAGCGGGGUGGAAGCUUUGGCCUUUUGCUCAUCUUAUUACAUAUGGUGUGAUUCCAGUAGAACAAAGGCUUCUUUGGGUGGACUGUGUAGAACUCAUUUGGGUGACAAUACUCUCAACAUAUUCAAAUGAGAAAUCAGAAGCAAGAAUAUCCGAGACACCAGCAGAAGUGGGUUCCAGUUCUGAGGAGUAGAUUGAAUGCAAACAAUCAGGAGAGGUUAAAACAUGAUGAGUUGCUCAAGUUGGUUGUAGGAAUUGAGAGUUGAAUCCACAAUGUGAUGACCAGGUAUUGAUGGAAGAGCUGCAAAGCAGAAAGAAGCCGGACAGACUGGUUACAGUAUAUACUACACACGUCUUGCAUAGUUGCAUGUGUAUGUAUUAAAAUUAGACAUACUCUCGGAGAUAGUGCUUUAGCGUUUCUAGUUUUCUGCUAACUGUAAAAAGUCACAUUGACAUGCUGCUUGAAAUUUUCUAUGGAAUAUAGAAAGUCAUUUUUCUUUGA